AUCAAUCCUUUGGUGAGCAACAACUGCCCAGGGAAAGCGAGGCAAUGACUCUGCUGUUCUCAUCUCGCCCUGCAGAUUGAGCUGCCUGACUGACUGACGGAGCUGCCUGUGACUCACAGCAAGAAAAAAAAGAGUAAUUGGCGACUCAUCUCGUUGUUGCUGACGCUUAACCCAAGGCGGAUGCAAAAGGCGGCAACAACAUUCCAGAGUACAGGGAGUACAUAGCGACAAAGCCUCGCCGCCUGGAAGCUUGUUUGCUCUGCUCUGCAACAACGACGAUCGACAACAACGACGAGAAACCUACCUUGGCUUCUCCACCCCCCGCCUCAACCUCCCCUUCGGAAGCCUCCUCCCACAGCUUCCCCCUUCCAUACCUCCAUCUCUCGCCCGGGCAUGACUAAGAAAAGGCAUCAGGCGUUAUACUCGAAGCCGCAGUCAACUGCCCCGUCUUCAUUGGGUGCCUCAGCUUCAGCCUCUUCUUCUGCCCAGAACCAACGUAGGGGCGUUAACGAACUUUUGGCUGAUCUUCGUCGGUCAUCCUCCCGUGCUACCCCGACAGCAUCAGCAGCAGCAUCGGCAGCGACCACGCCCACCGUCCCACCCGCUCUGCGACAGAUCCUCCAGAUCCCAGAGACGCCUCCGCCAGCACCCAGGCGUGUCCCAAGAUUCGACGCUACAGGCAGACGAGUACCACCUGGCCCGCCACCUCCGCGCAGCUGGUUAUCACGAUCCAGCCAUGUCCAGCGCGCGCACGCGACCGCCGCCCACCGCGGCGCCCAGGCCAUGGAGGGUCUGCCUGGCACGUACGAGCCGGACAAGGGCAGCCUGAUGGACCUUGUCCUUCGAAGGAUGGCCCUGAACUGGGAGCUCCAUAAAGAUUACGAUCAGUACUACUUGCACACGCUGCCCAGCCGCGUCAGGGCCUCGUUGGCAAAGUAUGUUGGCGUAUGGCACGAGGGCGGCGCAUCCGCUGCAGACCUGCACAACAUUCUGAUUCCUCCUGCGGCGGCGCACGAGGGCCAGCAGCCACUUGAUGUCGACGGCCUUGUGUCCCUGAACAACGACGUCUAUUCCCUCGACCUGACUGGCUCGGUGGGCCACUCCAUGACCGUCAGGGAGUUGGCCGACGUUCUGUUCCCGCAGCAGCUGGCGAGCGCCGCCGAGGCCGUGCAGGAUUCUUGGGACACAGCAGAGGCGCCCUCGCUCCCGCCGAAGCUUCUCCCCAACAUCACUCACCUCUGCCUCACCGUCGCCUCUAGCGCGCAGCAAGGCGGUGGGACGACUGGCGUGUCAUGGAAGCAGCUCCUCUCGCUCGCGGCGAAGCUGCCCACGCUCACGCACCUGAGCCUAGCGUAUUGGCCCGAGCCGUCGCUGACGCCCAACGCAAAGUUCUCCAAGAUUGCGUCGUCUGAUGGCCGCGCCGAGACUUACUCGGGCACGGGAGCGUACGCGCACACUCUGGACGAUGACUGGUCCGAGGCCGUCAUUCUGCUGAGGAAGCUGAGCAAGUGCCUUUACGGGCUGGAGUAUCUCGACCUCACGGGCUGCGGCACGUGGUUCAAGGCGCUCAUGGCCAACGUUGACGGUGACAAGGUCGACUGGACCGGGCCAUGGGGCAAGGUGUCCAAGUUGAAAUUGAGAUACGGGUAUGAAAUCAGCGUAGAUACGCCGAUUGCGGACCACGAGAGGUACCGUGAGGCGGCGCAAAUGGCAAAGGCUAUUGAGAAGUACAUUGUAGCGCAAAGGGCUGGAAAGGGGAGAUUCAUCAACGUGGACAGUGAUCCGAUAGAGGAUGUGCAAAUGCCAAUGAUGCCGUUCAUAUUCUGAAGACGAGAAAUCAAAUUACAAAAUAUUCCUAACA